AGCCGCUGCUGGCGCGUGAGGAGCAGCAGGAGUUGUGUGCAGCAUGUCAUCCUGCCGCCGUGCGUGAAACAGCUGCGCGCGGACAGAUUCAGACUCUUCAGAUCGUUUCACAGCAAACAUCCGGUCUGCACGCGCCUCCUCCUCUCCCCAGCACAGGAGCCACUGCUGAGAACACACGGAUUUUAUCUGCACACCGAGACACCGAGAGAGCGUCCGAUCCGCCCAGCAGAGAUGGCAAAGGCAGACCAGCGUUUCGGCCAGCGGGAUGGCUCUGACCAGAACUUCGACUACAUGUUCAAGCUGCUGAUCAUCGGCAACAGCAGCGUGGGGAAGACGUCCUUCCUGUUCCGCUACGCCGACGACUCCUUCAGCAACUCCUUUGUCAGCACCGUGGGCAUUGACUUCAAAGUGAAAACGGUGUAUCGCAACGACAAGAGGAUCAAGCUGCAGAUCUGGGACACGGCCGGUCAGGAGCGUUAUCGCACCAUCACCACAGCCUACUACCGCGGUGCCAUGGGCUUCAUUCUCAUGUAUGACAUCACCAACGAGGAAUCCUUCAACGCCGUCCAGGACUGGGCCACGCAGAUUAAGACGUACUCGUGGGAUAACGCCCAGGUGAUCAUGGUGGGCAACAAGUGCGACAUGGACGAGGAGAGAGUGGUACCCCCUGAGAAGGGAAAACACCUGGCUGAUCAGCUAGGCUUCGAGUACUACGAGGCAAGCGCCAAAGAGAACAUCAAUGUGCGGCAGGUGUUCGAGCGCUUGGUGGACAUCAUCUGUGUGAAGAUGUCAGAGCGUGUGGACGUAGAGGCGCCGGCAGCUCCUGGUUCCAAGACCACCAGACUGACCGACAAACCUGCCCAGCUACCUCAGAAGUGCUGCUGAUCGUCUGUCAUACCCCAAGCUCUCAAAAUAAGAAAAAGAAAAAAAAUAUAUAGAUUAUCUAUUGUAACAUUCCUCUGCACACUCGCUCUGCUUCAUGUUUGUGAGCGGCCAUCCAUUACUACGCCUUCUCCAGGCCCUGCUAACUAACAUCUAUAUAACCACUUUUACCAUCCCAAGUGUCCGUGGGAGGCCCUUUAGCUGUCAGCGUACUCCAUGCUAAUGCGGAUUUGGCGUGCUUGAAAAGGUUAUUGUGCUGCUGGUGGUGAUAUCACUGUGACCAGUGACUGUUUUCAAAGAUUUUUCUCUUAUGCAGAAACAAAAAAAAGAACAAAGCCUUGAUUAUACUAGAAAGUGACACAGUUACAGACAGGCUGAAAAAGUGACAUCAGGUACUUCCGGUUCGUUCUCUUAGCUGUCGCAUGGAUAAUUAGCAUCUGAUGAUGAGCGUGCACGGUUUAUUUCAUAGUUAACUGUGAAAUGCUGACAUUCAUGUGUGUGAAGUAGAGGCCUUUUACUGUGGAGUGAGGAGUCAGAGGUCAGGACUGUGAGGAAGACUUUUGGUAAGUGGGGGGAAUUUGUGAGUCAGGGGUGGAGAGUGGACUGUUUCCGCCAAGAAACAAAUGCACUGAAGGAGUUUCCAACAGGAUGAUUAGAUCUGCGCAUUUUCUGUGCUGGUGUGACUUCAAGGUGGAAACAAUUAAUGUCUAAAAAGCUGCACAGCUGGUAACCACAGACUCAACUUCUUGCAAGCAUGAAAGUCGAAUCCAACAGAAGCUGAUCCAGAAUGCUGCACAGAUGUGAAACAUCCAGCAGGAAACCACUGCAGGUCAGAGUGACAAUAGGAUCCAUCCAGUCCAGCUGCUGCAGAGACCAAACUGCAGAUGAUUGUUAACACUAGUAAAAGGCUUUUUUCUGCAAGCCGUUGCGUGCCACUCUGUAGUGCAGACUUCUUCACAGAGAAAUAACCACUACAAAGUCGGUGGCUCUUGAGUUAAACUUUCCUUAACUUAAAGGUGAGCGGUUAAAGCAACUACCAGUGGAGUGAAGGACACCUCUGACUGACAUAUCAGGGGGUGGUAAAUACAUUAGAGGGCUACCUAAGCAACCACAGCCAGGAACAGCCAUAAUCCAGCUGCCAUUAAAAUGAUGCAAGAUGAGUGAAUCACUUCCUGUGUGGACACCCCUUAAGAAGUGUGCUUCAUUCGCAUGCAUCACAAAGAUGCCGUCCGGCUUCUCUUUGUUACCCUGAAGAUGCUCUCUUUGAUUGCAGCACUGUGAUGUUGACCGGGACACCGAGGGUGAAUCUUCUUACUCUGCCUGAAAUUAGACGCGAUGAUUGACACCUGCUUGCUCCGUGCUGUAAUGACACGUGUAGUGAGGCAGCAGGCCUCUAACUGAGUAACACUGCGGGUCAAGUUUAGUGUCUCAAACACGCCAAAUGCCCAUUUAGUUGGAGUGUGAUGUCAGCAGGGUCACAGGUCAGCACAGCACUGCCUUUCCUCUCAAAGUGUAGCACAACGCCACAGCUGCUCAUGUGUUUACAGUCCUCCUCUGAGUCAUCACUCAUGCUGCUUCUCUACAGCUAGCAUUAGUUCCUCUGAUAUAACAUGCCUAUAGCCCACAAACUCUUACUGGCCUUACUCAGACAGACGCUUUAAGGCUGCACCACCAACGCACAACUCUGACAGGGCUGCAGUCCAGUCGCUCGGGUCAGAGGAGCCGGGUCAGAGGUGAAGAGACAGCACCCCCUGGUGGUUGAACAGGGUCUUAAGAUAACUACAGAAACUUCAAUGAGAAGGAAAACACUUGAAAUGGUGUUAAAACAAAGUAUUACUGAGACAACACAUAAGUUUACAUCCAAGAAAAAACCUCCAUUGGGAGUUCUGAUCUGUAAAACCUCAGAUUAAAUCAUUACUUUCAAGAGUCAUAUCGGAUGAACAGCUGUGAGUAUUGAUGACACCUGUAACCAGGUGUGAAAUGAAGCUGAAACUGCAUUGUGAUUUCAUGGAUGUUUGUAUGAUGAUUUCAGUCUUGGUUUCAGUGAUGCUAAAUCCCAGAGGUGAAGAUAUUUUCUCUGCUCACUCUGUGAAAACCAAACUGAGAUACACAGAUGCUCUUUGAGCAUGUGCAAACCAUCCACUAAAAAAAAAACUCUGAACUCUGACUCAAAUUGUCUGCAUCGGGAAGAUUAUUAACAACAAACAGAACAAAUAUAAGUCUGAUGUGAGCGUGUGCAGGAGCACAAACAAUCCCUGUUUGUUAUCUCUGUCCUCUCUAAUCUGCAGCCUCCAACAGCUGCCCUCAGUUUGAUGUUCUGCAGGACUUAACGUGAUGCUGCUUGACUUUCAGCUCUCUUUGCAUGUCCUUCAUAGCUUAUACAACCUUCCUGUUUCUGUCUGAUGAAGCAGUCCUUCAGAUCUUCACUGUUCCAGCCUUCAGUCAGUGUUUCUUCUCAUUGACAGGAAGCCCCAAAACGUCUGCCCCUGUACCAGCUGUUUCCAUUGUGUUGUGAAGGUGUGGAAGGAUUUCUGAAUGGACCAAUGGGGUCCAAGACUUCCAAGGAAUCAGAGGCCUCAGAGCCAUUUUUAUUUCUAAAGCCCGGUGUGGGUGUGGCUGCUGAAGCCUGAGUUCAGGUGCAUUUUGCUGUAAUGUAAGGCUGCGCUCAGAAGUGAGAUGCAGAGUUCCUGCCUUCACAGAGCCGUGAGAUUCUUUAAAUACACGGCAGAGAAUCAGUGAUGACCCCGAAUGAGAUAUGCUUUAAACUGAAACGCUGUCCUUCCUGUGGGACCGAAGCUCUGGAUUCACCUCUCUGACCUCUGAGCUUUAAUUACAGAGAAACAGAGCACGAGUUAAGAAGACUGGAGUUAUUUAAAGCCACUGAGACCUGACGACACAACCCAGAGCUGCAGCAGUCAAACCUUCCAGCACCAACAUACAGUCUUUCUGGUUCAGGAUCAAGCCAGCGGACUCACAUUAAUGGAAGCUGCAAACAGCAACAGGAACUCCAAAGUAACCGACAUGCAGGAGGUUUGUUUCUGAGGUUAACUGACGACUAUCUGACCGUCAUAGCUGAAUGAUCAUCCACUCCCUUUGGUGGUGUGAGCGUGCUCAUAAGGGCUUAGUUCACAUACAAAUUCUGUUCCAGACAAAUGGAGACAUGCUCGGAGCUCUUUUGGUGUUAUUAUGAAACAAUCUGAGAUGGAAAAUGAGAGUGGAAAGAGUCGUGUUUGCAUUCACACUAAUCAUCAACCUUCAGGUGUGAAGUGAACCUGUUUGAAUUGCACUUUGCUAGAAGCUGAGUCAGAGUUCACGAGUCAUAGAAGAGUAAAAAGCAUCCAGGGUCUUGCCUCUGGCCAGUGCUGGAGUGCGUGCUCGCUGUAGUUUUGGUUUGACUUCCAUGUCUGCUUUUUUCCAAAAUCACAGAAGACCAAAGACAGGAAAGGAGAUCAGGAUCAGAGCCCCUGGCCCGGGCCACACUGAGCGCUGCAGCCCUGCUUCAUGGUGGCAAUCAGCUUUUGCACCGGCGACCGUGCCGCCAAGGCCACACGGAGACUGAUUUUUAGUCACGCACACACGUGAGUGGAACUGAUGAGUGAGGAGAGCACGUCUCUCGCCCCCUUUAGCAGGUGUAGUCGCACAGCCGCCGUGUUUGCAGUGUUUCCUACAUGAGUGUGUGUGUGUGCGUGUGUGUUCGUGUUGAGUAUCAUGAUAUUUAUCGCGUGUUCAGUUGUACGGGUUCUUGUGAUAUUUUGAGAUCCAGUGCGUUUGUUCAUGGAAGACUUGAAGAAACAUUUGUUCUUAAAUAUUCUGAUAAACUUAUAUCCUGCCAAACUGUUGUAUAGCAACCACAGCGCACGUUGGUGUGUAACUCCCUGCCGUGUGUCUUCAUAUGGAUAAGAACUUACAAUAACAUGGACAUCGUCUUCAUAUGAUUAUUUUCUAAGUGACUUUGUAAAUGAUAGAGGUAGAUCUGAUCCUGGUGUUGAGUUUAUUUUUCUGCAGUGUAACCAUGGACUAAUUCUUAGAGAGUUCCUGUAAACUUGUUGUCUUAUGGUUUGCUCCUGUUCGGGGAGAAGCACAAAGUGAUUGUACAAAAUAUUGUGAAUGUUUGUAUAUUAUAGAUCAGAUUUAGUAUAAUAAAAAUCACAAUCUUUAAUCAGAA